CUAGUGUUUAUUUGGUCGAGCUGAGAUUUCAAACGCAUAUUGCCAGGGGAAUUCAGAGGACAAUCAUCGACGGCUGAAAGAUUUGGUACCUGAUUACAUUCAGCUUACAUCGGCGCGGAACGAAGCAGAAACUGGAUUGCUGAGCGGACAAAUCACAACUUGCUCUUUAGUCAAAUCGACUCUCGUGAAAAAACUUCUGCUUUUCGUCCAAGGCACAAACACGCAGAACACAGGAAGCCAUGAAUUUCGCAACGAAGAUUACAAUCGUGUUCACUCUGAUCUAUUUGUGUGAAUUGAGUUACGCGCGAAAAGGUUCGAAACAUCGCAAACAUCCGGAAAAAUGGAACUCCUCGGAAAUGGACCAGCGGAAUUCUGCGAACGGAUCUAUCGCGUUUGGAUCUCAAGGAGAAACCACGACAAUGCGGCCGUCCGUAUCAUCAAAGCCCCCUGUUAAAGUCAAGGUGGUUUCUAAGACGUCCAGUAGGAAACACAUGAUCAAAAGAUGUUGCCGAAUCGGCUACCGCGCUGCCAAUAGGGGUCUGUACUGCUCGAUAGACAGAUACUAUUCCGCGAAGUACAGGAACAUGGAGCAUUACGCAAGGCAGCGCUUCCAAUGGCGAAAACCGUCGCGGGCCACGAAACGUUUCAUGCAUCAUUUGAACAGAUAUUGCAUCAAGCUUCAGCUUAAGAGCGUAUUUUACAAGUGUUGUGAUGAUGGUAUGCAAACUAAACGCGAGAAGGCAAGAUCUAACCGAGAGCCUUAAAGUCACCACCACCAAGUAUAGUCAGCCGGGAACGUUAAUUGUUGAACUAAAAUAAUUUCAAAACUGAACGAGUCAGUAUUUUGAAGUGAUAAAUUUAGUGUGUUUUACGAACAGAUUUUGUGUAUAAUUCAGUUCAAAAGUCGAAAAGGUACAAGGGGCCAUGAAUGUAACUGUGACACUUUUGAAAUAGGUUGCUGUUUUUUCUGCUUUCGAAAUUUUCUUUCAAUGUUGAUUUCCUUAUGGAGUGUUUUCAGUGGCUCGCGUUUUACUCCUGUAGAAACACUUAGAUGUUGUCUCCUAAAAUACAUUGGUUUAAGUUCUUAGGUAAUUUGAUCUGUAUAUUGCUUUGAGAGCUUGUAAAAUAUGUCACUCGUAAUGUCUCAAGUUUUUAAAAGGGAAAGAAAUUUGGCUGUCUUUACGUUCAAACACACCUUUCCAGAUGAUUUUUGUUAAAAUGUAGGUCUCAUAGAAACUUUUGGUACCCCCCCAAAAAAAAUGUAGAGACACGGGAAACACGAUAAGUAUUUUGUACAUACAUGAUACAAGGUUGCUGUGUAUGGAGGCGCGAUUUCCAUAGGCUCGUGACACCAAGCGCAGUCCACGUGCAAGAAAUGUUUGUAAUUGGUAGUGAAAUAUCAACUUUCAUUCUUUUGCAUGUGUUUAGCUUAGCUGUAAAGUACAGGCCGUAUUUUCAUAAGUUGGUAAUCACUUAAACUGUAAAUAAAAACCCUGUAUUUAA